AUGAGCCACCACAGGAACCGAAAGAGAAGAGCAGAGUACAUUCCUGAAGAGAGAUACAAUGUUGAUGGCACCUUGGUAAAGAAUGAGGAGGCUUUCAAACCAAAGCGCUGGGAUCUGAAAGAGAUUAUAAAUGACCCAGCAAAGAACCGAGAAGCAUUGAAAAAUGCUCAGAUGUAUCUCAAAGAGAAAAAGAACGAGAAGGAGAGUUCAUUCUACGAAACAAACAGAGCAUGGACUGAGGAAACAGACAACCUCUUUUUCUCGAAACGAAAUCGUGGAUUAGCGUCAUGGCUGAUUCCAACCGGAUCUACGAUUUACUAUGAAUUCGAAGGCUUCUAUCUCAAGUUAAAGUCAAGUGUGUGUGAUGGAAAGACGCUGUUGACGCCUACACAGGCGGAUCGCAUGAAAAUCGUCCGUCAGGAAGGCGAAAUGAUUCGACACACUCUGGUCUUGUUUCAAGACUUUCAGAACAAGAAGCGAGAAGGAUUGAAGAAGAAGAUUGAGGAGGCAAAAGCAGCACUGCCAGUUACUCCAUUCGCCAAUGCGAUUGUCCAAACACUCAAGCAGCAUCGCAUUCUGUUGAUUGCUGGUGACACUGGCUGUGGUAAAAGUACACAAGUUCCUCAAAUCCUCAUGAAUGCUGGAUUCAGCAAGAUUGCAUGCACUCAGCCGAGAAGAAUUGCAUGCUCUUCACUGGCGAGGCGAGUGAGCUAUGAAACGAUGAAUGAAUAUGGAUCCAAAAUUGCAUACCAAGUGCGGUUUGAAGGAACCAAGACAUCCAGAACUCGUAUCCUGUUUCUAACAGAAGGAUUGCUGCUACGCCAAUAUGCCACAGACAACAUGCUGUCCAUGUACGAUGUGAUUGUUGUGGAUGAAGUUCAUGAACGCCAUAUGAUGGGCGACUUUCUGCUUGCCUUGCUGAAAAAAACACUUGCCCAACGAAAAGACCUCCAUGUUGUCUUGAUGAGUGCUACCAUCAAUGCAGAGCUAUUUGCACAGUAUUUUGAUGCGCCUACACUAGUGGUAAAAUCAAACAAUGUUAAGGUUCAUUACUGGCCAUUUGAGGAAGAAGACAAGAACCUUGUUGAUGAGGCAGCGUAUAGGAAGAGACAAACCGAAGUAGUCAAGAGAUCCAUCCCGAGUAAAUCCUCUAUGGUAAAAGCAGACCCCUACAUUAAAGUCUUGGAAUAUAUAGAUCAGUCUGUACCAGAAGGAGAAAGAGGCGAUCUUUUGAUAUUCAUGUCUGGAAUAAAUGAGAUCACUACACUAGCAGAAGAGUUGAAUGUGUAUGCUCAGAAAUCAAAAAAAUGGAUUGUUCUUAUGCUGCACUCUUCGCUGACUGUUGAGGACCAAGAAAAGGUGUUUGACUCUCCAGCAGAGGGUAUUCGAAAGUGCAUUAUCAGUUCAAAUAUAGCAGAAACUAGUAUCACGAUUGAUGGCAUUCGCUUCAUCAUUGAUUCAGGAAAAGUAAAGGAAAUGAAUCAUGAUCCGGCCUCCAAACUGAGCCGAUUAUCUGAAUUCUGGAUAUCCAAAGCAAGCGCCAAGCAAAGAACAGGUCGAGCAGGCAGAACUGGACCAGGAGAAUGUUUCCGAUUUUAUUCAGAGAAUGAGUUUAACCACUUUCACGAUUUUGCGAUACCUGAAAUACAGAGAGAAACUCUCGAUCCCUUGUUACUGCAGAUCAAAUCGAUGGGACUAGGCAAUCCAAGAGUAUUUGACUAUAUUGAGGCCCCUUCUAUGGACUUUAUUAAUUCGUCUAUGGAUUUUUUGUUCAAUUUGGGUGCUAUCGAUGCGAAUGAAAAGCUAUUGGGUUUGGGAUCAGUGCUGUCAAAACUUCCAGUUGAUUGCAUUGUGGGCAAAAUGCUGAUUUUGGGUGUGGUGUUUAACAUUGUGGAUCCAAUAUUGACUAUUGCAGCAGGCAUGAGUGUGCAAUCUCCUUUUACCCGUGUCACUCUAAACACCAAUCGAGAAUAUCUAAACAACAAGAGCGAAUUCGACUCGAAAGACGGCGACCCAUUUACCAUGCUAAACCUCUGGCAGCAAUGGAUUGAAAUCAAGGGCAGUAAGACAUCAUCUCGCAAGUGGUGCAAAGAACAUCUAGUCGAAGAACAUAGGUUAUACGAGAUUACCAAAAUGAAGAGACAGUUUGAAAAAGUACUGGAUGGCUUCCAGCCUGGAUUAUUAGAGUCAUUAAAGUCGAUAUAUGACAGUGAUGUGUCUGAUACAGAGAAAGAAAAGUCCUCAAAGUUCGACGCUCGAGAACAACUCAGAAGAGGAAGAUAUGAUGAAAAGUCGAGCAAAAGGCGUCGGGUCUUACGCAUGGGCAUUGUGCAGGAUGAUACUCAAGGCGAUGGCACUGAUAACAGAGAUAUCCGCGACUUGGAGUUUUCACUUGCAAACAAUAUCAAGCAGCUUCAAUCCAGGGCUUAUUCUUUGUCAGACAGAGAGAUUCAGUUGGUUAAAUUGGUCCUUUGCUCCUCUUUAUACCCUCAGUUGGCUAUCGGUGACGAGCAUAAUCCUUAUAGAAAAAGCAAUGAAAUUGUAUUUCAAGUACCAGCAAAAAACUUCUUGUCUAUUCAUCCUAGCAGUGUGAUUGCCUCGCAUCCAGAAUGGGUGCAAGGACAUGAUGAGAAGACCAGAAAAGAUGAUCAAACUAUAGAAGACUCAAUGCACCAUCAGCUUUUAUGCUAUUUACAGCUAUUAGAGACCAACAAGCCAUUUCUAGUCAACAUUACAAGAGUUCCAGGCAUCCAUACGCUGCUUUUGUUUGGAAAAACAAUUGAUUUAAACUAUGAUUGCAGUGUUGUUGUAGUUGAUUCUUAUUUUGUGAUACGUUUCAAGACAUCGCAAGUGGCAGAAUACGUCGUAUACUUAUCUCACACGCUACGACAAGAAUGGAACAGCUUAAUGAAUCUUCGCAUUAGCCGUGGUCUAGGGGAGGGUGUGGAUGAGCCAAUGAGCGAUGAUCUUAUUAUCAGCACAUCUACAAAAGGCUCGCUCCCAUUGACAAUACAGCAAAUAUUAGAUGACAAGCAAAAAUCCAGCGAUUCAAAUGAAAUGAUAGACAUGUGGACUCCAGAAGCAGAGAAAAAGUAUCAAAUACGGAUGCAAUCACUCAAUCGAAGAUUGGUGGAGUUCAUGGAUACAGCAAUUUCAGCUGAGCUCAAGGCAGCCAAAGCAUCUGAGCUAUUAAAGAUGUAUCCCAAAUACAUUGAAUCCAGCGAGAAAACAGAGGAUGGGCAAUCUUAUCCUAGAGAAUGGAAGCCAAAAGAUGUCAUUCGAUCUGGCAUACAAAUCACUCAAAACCUCUACUACAACAGCAUCGACAUGCCAUCAUCUGCAUCUGCUAUACCUGCCUCUGCUGAUGCUAUUCCAGUACACAUCAGAACUUUUUGGUAUUGUCAAGGUUGUAAAACCACAUACUCCUUCAACAAAAUGCAGGCUACUGAGCAUGUCCUGGAGAAAUGCAGCAGUAACUCUACAACGCAGGAGGAUGAUACGAAUAAAAGUCAUCUAAUUGAAUAA